CUCUGAAAAAAAUAACCAAUCAAAUUUGGUUCAAUCGGGGCGGAUCAGGUCGAUGCAUCACCGAUCGAUUGCAACUUAUUAUCUAGUGCGCUUAAUAAAGAGCGCAAUCAACGAUGUCGUUUUGGAAAUUGUUCAGGCAUCCACGAUGGCUGGGGUGAUUGACCGCGAAGCUGAUCGACCGAGCCCGACAGCCAGGUCAGCGCGGAAGGCUAGCGGAAGGCUACAUAACUAAAUCAACAAUAACUAGUUCGCUCGCGCGCACGGUGGACGAGAGGAGAGUCUGAUGGCCCUCACGCCGUCUUUGUCCUGCUCCUCAUCGCCCUCUCUUCGGUUCUCCUUCCCAUCGUCUCCUCUGCGCCAGAAAACGCUUCCUUUGUUCCUUCCUGGGGUUCGGAACAGCAACGGUUGCGGCACAGGAGGACUCUUCCAAUGCUCGACAGGAACUUUCAGGGCUGGUCAAGCUGUUGAAUUGUUCCCAUCCCUAUGGCCUGAAGUCACUGUUCGAGAUGUGCAGCUGGAGGACUACUGGGAAGUGGCAGAUACUCACUGCAGUUGUUUCUUUCCAAAUCAUAAAUUCCCAAUAAAUUUUAUGCUGAGGAUCAACCGGUUUGUGGGAUUGUUUUCUAGGUCCUCAGUUCCUCCAGGUAGUAUGAAGACAUGUCUUGUUGCGGUCUUUGAUAGUCCAGUCAAUGAUAACAUAUAUGUUGAAUGUGAGGAUUUAAAAACUGGAGGCUUUGAAGGAAAAUUUGGCAGAGGAUCUGUAGCUGGAAUUCUUACAGUUGAUACAGUAGCUGAUUUCCUUCCUAGAAAAGGUCCACUCCGACAAAGAAGAACUGGAGUAGCAUAUAUAUCAAAUGUUGCAGUCCGCAAAGCUGAGAGGCGAAAGGGGAUCGCCAAAAUGCUCAUUGCCAAGGCAGAGGCCCGAGCCAGGAGUUGGGGAUGCCGAUCUAUGGCAUUGCAUUGUGACGCGAACAACUUGUCUGCGAUCAGAUUAUACAAGGGCCAGGGGUAUAAAUGCAUCAAAGUGCCAGAGAAUGCAAACUGGCCUGAACCGAGGACCUCGUCAAGUACCUAUUUAACCUUCAUGAUGAAACUUCUAAAACCUAAUUCAACUCCUUGAUCAAGGUGAGGGGUUGUCUGACACUUCUUAAUUCAAAUCCAUUUGGCUGAUAGAUGAGCCGUCUAUAUGCCAGGUGCUUAAAUGUUGGCACAAAUUAUCACAUGAAUCAACUAAAUCUGUAGUUGUUCAAAAGGGCAGUACCCUUGCAACAUGAUAGGAGGGAGUUGUAUACAUACAAUAUCAUGUAGGUAAUUGUUACAUAGUGAAGGUUUUUAUGUUUCAAUUCA